GUGUACUGUUGAAUUCUGAAUUUAAAAUGAAUGCAACUGAAGAAAUAUUUAUGAUAAAUGCUCUUCCGAGCACGAGUCAACCAUCAACCUCUACACAAAAGCUAGGCGAGCUGCAACUAUCAGGUAGCCCGCAAGUUAACCUUGAAAAUGUAAAAGACUUCUCACAUGUGUGUCGUACAUGUGCCACCAUCACGGAGUUUGUGAUCCCUAUAUUUGCUGGAGAGGGCCUACAGAACAACCUUGCUGACAAAAUACACAAACACUUGCCAAUACAGGUGCGUGAGUCGGACAGGUUGCCGCAGGUGCUGUGCUACCAGUGCAGCAGCACGGUGCUGGCGUGGCACGAGCUCGUGCAGUGCUGUCUGCAGGCCGACGCCGCGCUGCGCGCCACGCUCGCCGCAGCCGCGCUGCAGGAACCAAAACCAUCAAGUGCCUCAUCAAACUCCAUAGAAAAUGAAGCACAGACCAAGUACUCAGACAUGGCACGAUAUAGUGUAGAGUCGGUGCAGCCCCCGCAGUACGACGAGCUGAGCCCGCGCGCCUGCGACUACUGCCGGUUCCGGGCGCAGGGCCUGACGCAGUACAAGGAGCACCUGGUGACGGCGCACUCGGCUCUGCUGUUUCACUGCGAGGAAUGCGACAAGUACAUCAGCAGGAAGGACUUCAUCCUGCACAUGUCGCUGCACGCCGUGCAGUACACCUCGGGCCAGGACAAGACUGUUAAACGGAAGAAAAUUAGGAAAAAGGAAGUAGAUGACGAUCGUAGUCCUUGUGAACUGCGAAAAAGCGGCGAAGACUUGGAUACAGUAAGCGAGAGAAUCAACAACAGCGAGAACAGCAAUCAAGAGAAUGAGUUUUCGGACCACAGUGAUAUGGAUUAUGAGUUUGGUCCUCUGCCUGAGUCCGUGUUUGAAGCUAUAGAAGACUCCCAAGAGAGCCAGCUGCUAGAAAACGACGAAAAUCAUACUGCCGACAAUGGCCGCGUAAGUGACGAAUCCAACAAGGCGAUUCGACUUACAAUCGAAAGCAACACUAUCAGUAACACUAUAACGAGUACGGAAAUGAAAAGCAUUAACAGCUGUGCAUUGACUAUAGAACAUAACAGCACUCUCUCUGUAACCGUAAGUAGCAACAUCAUAGAACGUGAUACAACUGCUAACGAAGAUAGUAGCAACAGUAAUAGUGGUGCUAAAACACCUACCAGUAGUGCCAGGCUAGGCGAACAGGGCGACAACAGUAAAAAGCAACUCCAGCACAAAAAGACCCGUAAGUGCCCUAUCUGCUCGAAGGUAUACACCGCGUCGUCCAGUUAUUUCUACCACAUGAAAUACUUCCAUAAAGGAAGCAGAGAACAUGAAUGUGAAGUAUGUGGGAAAAAAUUAACAACUAAAUCCAGUUUAACACAACACCUGGCCAUCCACAAAGGACAGUAUGACUUACAAUGCAAGGUGUGCGAUAAGAAAUUUAAAUUUAAAGCAAGUCUUUAUAUACACGAACAAAUUCAUAAUGGAAAAAAGGUAUGGUCUUGUAACCAAUGCCAUCGGUCGUUUAGAUGGAGAACGCAUCUGACGAGGCAUAUGAAAAGGCACUCGUCGGAGAAGAACCAUGUCUGCGCUACCUGCGGUCGCGGGUUCAAUAUCCGGUGUGAUUUAUUGAGACAUGCGCGUACGCAUACCGUAGGAAACUUCUCUUGUGAUAAAUGUGGACAGAAGUUUGCUCAACUGCGAUAUUUGAAAGUCCACAUCGCUAGACAACAUUCGAUAAAUAUUGUGAAAGAAUCUUUGUAAAGACUGAUUGUAUUUUUAGUAAUAAU